AGAAAAAGAAAAAGGUUGAUAAGGUUCCACCAUAGAAAGAAAGAUGGAGAUAAUUAAACCAAAAGUUGAGGAUGAAAAGAAGACAAAGAAAGAUGAUGUGAUGACCAGUAAUGGUCAAAAGUUCACUACUAUUAAAGGGCAUCUCAAAAUCAUUGAGGGUUUAAGACAAGGUAAGACAAAAGACGAUCAAUCUAGGAGCCCGAGAUCCUCAUCAUCAUCAUAUGUGAUGGAGAUCAAGAUGGGAAAUUACAAACAUUCGAUUCAAAGAUCAGAAAAUACUAAAAGGAUGGAAACUCAAGAAAAGGGUAAGAAGGUGAUGAACCUGAAACAAAACACAGAAGACGUUCAUAAGAUGAAGAAUAAGAAAGUAUGGGAUUGCGAAAGCACACUCUAUGACUCCUUCGAGCUCAACUCGUUCAAUCGUCAACUCGACAACGCAAUCUCUUCCUCCGCUAGAUCCAUGUCAAUGCCUCACCUUCCUCCUCCACCGUCAGAAACCACGUCUUCGUCUGCGACAAAAAAGCAGCCAUCAAACAAGAUCUCACGCUCUCUACAGAAACUCGUAAAGUCAAUCUUCAGACAGAAACAGUCAAACACUCCCCUUAAGGCAUGUCACGGCGUAGAUAUGGAUAAAUACUACGUCGUUUUCGACAAGACGGGAUCCCUCACGACGAUUCCCGAGUCAAGAGAGUCAAUAGAAUUGGGUGGCUCAGAGAUCAACUCGCUUGAUAGAAAAACCGUGUCAGAGCGAUUCUCACCGAGUCGACUCGCGGGUGUAUCUUGUUCCUGAUC